GGCGCAGGCAGCAUCAGGGCGCAGAGAGAGAGGGGCAGAGCCGAGAAGCGCCUCGCAGUCGAUUCUGCACCGCGUCGAGCUCUCUGCACGCUCGGCUCGCCCGGGCAACAACGCGGCGCGUCGAGGGCUCCUCCUUCUCGCUGUUCCUCUCACACAUCCUCCUAGCUGGGCCCUCCCUGCGCGCGCGGCGUGCUCACCAACCCCUCACCUCUACCUCUGCGCGCCCGCUCACACGAUGGCGGCAGACGGGUUGCCCACGCCCGAGAACCCGGGCCGCCUGGCCUCGGCGGCGGCCAUUGCCAACCCCUUCCAGGCCGCCCUCAGCGCCGCCACGGCCGCACGCAAGGCCGCCGGCAAGCGCGCGCCCAAGCUCGUCGGCAUCCUCGCCACGCCGAGCCCGCCGAGCGUCGCCUACGCCGAGUGGACGAAGAAGGCGUGCGAGGCCGUGGGCAUCGAGUUUGAAAUCUGGCGCACCUGGGACGAGGCGGCGCAGGACGAGCCCAUGGACGGCCAGACGCCCAAGCCCGAGGGCAAGAGCGACGCGGCCGCCGAGCCCGCGGCCGCGGAGAAGCCAGACAUGGAGCUGGAGGGCGACGUGGAGGACCUGAUCAUCGCGGCGAAUGCCAGCGACGACGUGCACGGCAUCAUGGUGUACUACCCCAUCUUUGGCGGACGGCAAGACACGUACCUGCAGCAGAUCGUCGACCCGCGCAAGGACGUCGAGGGCCUGCACUUCAGCUACUGUUGGAACAUGUAUCACAACGUGCGCUGGAUCCUGCCGUCGCAGCUCGGCGGCGCGCCCGGCACCACGUCCGAGCCGCAGGCCGUCAACGCCUCGCCGUCCGAGCCGCGCCGGCAGUCGGUGAGCGGCGGCACCGACGAGGUCGUGCCGGCCGGCUUUGCCAAGUCGAUCCUGCCCUGCACGCCGCUGGCUGUCGUCAAGUGCCUCGAGGCACUCGGCGUGUACGACCACAGCCUGCCCUACGGCGACCGGCUGUACGGCAAGACGAUCACCAUUGUCAACCGCAGCGAGGUAGUCGGCCGUCCGCUCGCGGCGCUGCUCAGCAACGACGGCGCCAAGGUGUACAGCGUCGACCUCGGCUCCGUGCAAGAAUUCAACAAGCGUGCGCCGGACGAUGGCCAGGCCGACGACGUGCACUCUGCCAACGGACGCACACGCUCGAGCGUCGUGCUUGCCGCCCGCAAGGCAAACUCGUCGCGCCGCCUGCGUCCGCACCACGUCGUGCGCCCCUGCUCGAUGGACCUGCAGGGCUGCGUCGGUGCGUCCAACGUCAUCAUCAGCGGCGUGCCGUCGGCCAACUUCAAGAUCCCCACCGACUGGGUGCCGCGCGGAGCCACAACGGUCAACUUCAGCAGCGAGAAGAACUUUGAGAAGGACGUGCGCACGCGUGCGGCCUGCCACCUGCCGGCCAUUGGCAAGACCACCAUUGCCAUGCUGCAGCGCAACCUUCUGCGUCUCGUCGACUACCGCGAGCAGGGCGAUGCUCAGGGGUUUGGCGCACCUUCGCAGCGCGGUGACGGACCCGACGGGCCGCGUGGUCCCGGCGGGCCCGGCGGCCCGAGCGGCGGCGCACCUCGUCCAGGACAAGGUGAUGCGCCCGGACCGAACGGCUCGGACCCGCGAGGUGGUCAGCCGCCGCCGUCGCAUGACGGCGGCAGCAACGGCCCAGACACCGGCAGUGCGGCCGGCGGGCAGGCGCCGACCGGAUCGCGGCAGGCAGCCGCCUUUCUCGCACCGAGCAGCCAGCCGUCGUGGAAGACGAGCUCAGAGACAUCGCUUGGACGCUCGCUCUCCUCGCGUGCAGAUGACAUGCAGAUCGACCCGCCGUUCCAGACCGCCCUCGCUCGCGGGCGCGCCAGCACGCUGUCCAUUCCGCGUCCCACCGCUUCGCGCGAGCGCUUCUCGGCGUCGACGCUGCACAGCCCAACGUACCCCGUCAGCCAGAUGGGCAGCAGCUUCGGCUCGUCGUCCGCUGCCACGACGUCGAGCAGCCUCUGGGACUGGCGUCGCUCGCGCCGCGACAGCGUCGCCUCUGGCACCACGACGUACUCGUCGCUCGACUGCCCGUCGCCCACCACGGGCCCAUCGCACUGCUCGCCGCUCCUCUUCGCGCCCGUGGGAGCCUCGCGACAGGCACCAUCCGUUGCGCAUUCGAGCCGCAGUGUCUCGAGCCACCACUACAUGUCGAGUCCCGGCACGCCCAUGAGCCCGCUCUUCAUGGACGGCCUCUCCGUCGAGGAUGCGCCGGGCGUGUCCAGCACUGCACAUGCUGACGCCAGGGAACACGGGCCGUCCGUGCUCGAGCGCCCGGUCAUCUCGCGCCGCGAAGUCGCCGGGCGGACCUACCGCAGCAGCACCUUCUCCUCUCCGGACUCGCACCCUCUGCUGCUCGAGCGCUCGCCGUACCAGACGCUGUCGGGCCUGGCUCCCCCUGCGGCCAGCGAGUCGGCCAGCGCGCGCCAGGCGCAGGAGGCAGCCGACCAGACGCAGUCCGAUCCGGCCGCCGCUGCGCCCGUGGGCGACCGCUUUGCCUCGAGUCGGCGCCGCAGACGCCCGCCGUACAGCUACUCGUCGCUCAUCGCACAGGCCAUCGCCUCGUCGCCCGAGGGCCGCAUGACGCUGCGCGAGAUCUACACGUGGAUCUCGACGUCGCUGCCGCAUCUCUACUCGAUGGAGGGCCCCGAGCACCAGGGCUGGCAGAACACUGUGCGCCACAACUUGAGCCUCAACAAGAGCUUCGUCAAGGUGGCGCGCACGGCGCAGGACAUCUACGAGAGCUGCGCGUCGGGCAACCCGAGCCUGAGCCAGGCCGCCCGUGGCAAGGGAGGCUGGUGGACUCUCGAUGUGCCUGUCGCACAGGCGCUGCUCGGUCCCAACUACAAGGGCGAGGAGGACGGCGACUCGGGCAACGAGGACACGGCGGCCACGACCGGCCCUGGCGGACGUCCGCCGCGCCGUCGCCGCACCAGCAGCUUUGCACCCGUGGCCGGCUCGAUCGAUGCGGCGGAAGAGGCCCGUCCCAAGACUGGCGAUGGUCCUUCGGUGCUGGCCCGCGUGCCGGACAGCCCUCCGGCCGCCUCGCGCACCGCAGGUCCUGCAUCUGCCGCCGGCGUGCCCUCGGUGCUGCAGCGCCCUCGCACACAGUCGAUGGAGGUGCAGGACGUGGCAGAGCACCUGGCGCUCAUGCAGCACCAGCAACAGCAGCAGCUGCAGCUGCAGCAGCAGCAGCAGGCGGCCGCCCGGCCGCUCACUGCCCACUCCAGCAUGCGCAGCAGCUUGCCGGGCGCUCCGCUCGCAGCGAUGUCCGCGGCACAGCAUGUGGGACGUGCUCGUGGCAUGACGACGAGCGUCGUCGACGAGCAGCGUGCCGGUCUGCCUCGCCACCUGCGUCUCAACCACGCCGCUGCGCCGUCGCACGCCGCGCCGAUGCCGAGUGUGCCGCCGCACUCGCCGCUGUACGGCCACUUUGCCGCGCAGCAGCAGGCGGGCAGCAUGCAGCUGGCCAGUCCGAGCAAGCGCAAGCACGUGCUGGAGCGCGACGACAUGGAGCGCUACGAGCGCAGCCCGCUGGCCAGCCGCAGCGACCUGCCUGCCGACGAGGAGAUGCAGCCGCAGCAGCUGUCAAGCAAGCACUCGGUGCUGCAGCAGCCGAGAAGCGCCGCCCGCGAGGAGACGCCGCUUGCGUCGCGCGAGCCGGUGCGCAGCAGCGGCAUGUCGAUUCGCGACCUCCUCAACAGCUGAUUGGGACGUACGUCUCGACUGCAUCCCCUGAUGGGGAGCAGCUGUUGCACCUAGAAAGUAUUCAAUGUCACUAGACUUACUCGGACUUUGCAGCACGUGUCAGAGUGGUGCAGGCGAAUCUGAAUGACGGUCGGGAGCGAGGUCGAGCCUGUGUCGUCGGCCCUCACGUGCUCGGCCUUGGCGACGUCCCGUGCGUCAGUGGCAGGUCAGGGCAGCGACGUG